AUGGCAAAAGCAUACACACAGGUUGAAUUUGAUAGUAUAAUGGAGAAGGUGGAGAAGGUAGAUUUUAAGGUGAAAGAAUACUUGAAAUUAGCUGGAUACAAAAAGUGGGCUAGGUUGUAUGCACCUGUUAAUAUGGGAUGGACCAUGACGUCAAAUAUUGUUGAGUCAAUCAAUGCCGCACUUGUGUCAGCAAGAGAAUUGCCAAUAUACGACUUCCUCGAAGAAGUUAGAAAGAUGUUUGGGCGUUGGAAUUGCAGCAAUCGAAAAGAAGCUUCACACACAUACACAGUGCUUGGAAAACAAUAUCAGGAAAUGCGUACUUUGAAUGAGGCAAUGUCUACACGUAUGACUGUUGUACCAUCGAAUGAAUAUUUGCAUACGGUGAAUGAUGAAGGAAGGCAUUACACCGUUUGCCGCUUAAAGAGAAAGUGCAGUUGUGGGCGGUUCCAAGUUAACGAAUUACCAUGCCCACACGCUUGGACUGUCUUGAAGAGCAAGUUUCUAAUGCCAGAAGAUUAUUGCUCGGACUAUUACAAAUCAAAGUCUGUUGUAAUGACAUACGAGGUGCUCGUAUAUCCGCUGCCUAACCAAAAUGAAUGGAAUAUACCAGCACAUAUAUCAGAGGAAGUUGUCUUACCACCCAAAUGGAAAAGAUCUCCUGGAAGGCCAAAGAAGAAGCGCGAUAAGUCGUUCAGUGAAUUGUUGCAGAAGAAAAAUCAACAUUCGUGUAGCACAUAUGGGCAGAGAGGACAUAACAAGAGUACUUGUAGAAAUGCUCCACGUAGGACUUAA